AUGACUCCUGAACGACUACAGAAAGAAUGUCAACAACUUAAAAACCGAACUCAGUAUUUGGAAUGUCAGCUAGAUGAAAUGAAGGCAAAAUUGGCCGAAGCAGAGAGUGUAGCAAUGAAGAAGAGUGACGAAAAUGAACGGAUGGAGUCUCACAGCAACGUGCUUGAAUCAAAUAUCAAACAAAUGGCAGAGCUCGGAUCUAUGGAGCGUGAACGUUUAGAAACUAGAGCGAGCAGUGCGGAGGCACGUUCCGAGGAGCUAAGUGUCAAAGUAGCGCAGUUGUUAACGACUAUCAACCGCUUAGAAACGGAGAUUAGUGACAUGAAAAUGCAGCAGCUAGAGCGUUCGACUGAGCUUCAACUAAGGAUAGAUAUCCUUGAAGCUCAAAAGAGAGACGCGGAUGAGUCGAUUAAACACCUCAAUGACUCUUUAAAUUUGUCCCUUACCGAAUCGGAGAGGAGAUUGAAUGAAAGGAAUCAAUUAACUGACCAAGUCAACGAACUCAAAGCGCAGUUGUCAGAAAGAGAAGGAGACCUUAUGUUGCGAGACGCGAAAUUAGAGUCGAAACAAAAAGAGCUCAUUAGUGCUUGCGAAGCUUCAAGAGUUGCGGAGGAGAAUCUUCAGCAUGCUGAGCAGAUGCUAGCUGCACGUUCAAGUGAAGUUGCAGCUAUCGAAGCUCGUUUGAAUGAGGUUGUAAAGCAGUACGAAGAGAAGAUGGAGCAGAUUCUGGAGAAAUAUGAAAAUGUGGUAGCUCAAGUUAAUGAGAAUGCAGCUACAUCUGAAGGUGGAAAGUCUGCCGAUCUGACAGCUAAUCCAGAUUCAGCAGGAUCUGUUAUAGAAUCACUGCAAAGCGUUGUUAGGUUUUUGCGUGAAGAGAAGCAAACGGCCGUAUCACGUUCGAUGACUGCCGAAGUAGAAGUGAGGAGGCUUCGCGCGGAAGUUGAUGAAAUGCGAUCUAAUCGUGAUGACCUUAGUGCGACAGUUCGCCGAUUACAGUCGGAAGUUGUUGCAAAUGCAAAUGCACUAGCUGAAAAGGCACAACUGGCCGAACGUUUGGAAACGAUGGCUGUGGUUCAGAGGCAGAAUACGAUGUACAGGUGUGAAAAUGAGAAGUUGCACAAAGUUUCUACGGAAUUAUCAAAACAGGUUCAAAUUUAG